UCCUUCGGAACCCGUACGUCAUCUGCGCCACCCCCCACCACGGGGGCUUAUUAUUCCACGAGCGACUGACACCGAAACUACAAUGUCAAACAUUUUCGGGGCACCGAGCGCUCCCGUGUUCGGGAAGGACCCGUCCUGAUUUCUUAGCAUACGCGCAAAACCUACGGGCAAUCAAAUGAUAUUUCUGGAAGCUGAAGAUUGAGAUGAUGUAUCAUCUUUCAGACAAGGUAAGUCAGGGGUGUCCGCUUUAAGAAGUUCGCACACGGUUUUGUUGCGCUGAUAACGAACGAUCUGUGCCAUUUGCGCGUGCUUAUUCCACACGCAACUCUUAGUUUUGCUGUUUGUUUCGCGUGUUUACAAUGCCUUUAAAUGACUGACAGCACCCUUAUGUUUCAGCUAAUCGGACGUGUUGCGAAAUUGAAAUAAAGUGUUCGCGAAAGACGAAAAAAAUACGUGCGAAAUAUCUGCGCGCUUCGAAGGAAUAAAAUACGUGCGCCUUUAUUACGCAAUGAGCGCGCGGGGCCAGAUGCGCGUGGGAUUGAGCUGAAAUCAUCAACGCUUGCUUUUCCUUGUAAAAGAUGCUUAGAAUAGAAAUAGAACUGUAGAUUGCGCCGAGUACAAACGCGCAUUUCUAAACCAGGGUUUCGGUUUCAGACAGCUGCACAAUUCUCCAAAGUGAUGGUGCAACCACUUCAAAACACUUGUCACGCUCAUCACUGUCAGUGCAGUGCUUCACAAUUGGAUUUGCAUUAGAACCAAUAUAUCCACUGGACAUACAAAUCCAAACGUUUAUAAAUCCAUUAUAAUGCGUUUAGAUGCAUUCUUGUUAUUUGCGUUCAGCAUGAUGUCCCUCUGCUGGAGAGCACACUGGCGCUCUGUAUGUGCUGUAAGUUCGAGUGGAAGCGGUUCUGUUGGUGCAGCGUUUCUUUAUUUAUCCCUCACCUCGUGUAGGUGGAAGUGUGAGUGAGUCAGAGAGAGAUGGAGGUGAUUAGAAGAAAAGACUCCGACUCAAACGGCCUGCUCUCAGACAACUCGGAGAAUGGCUGUGAGGACUUGGGGGCUUGUGGGCAGACGACUGGAGUGUGUUUGUGUGAAAAUAUCCCCUUUACCACCUUCUGUGAUCAGCACCCACAGGAGGACUCCAGUGUGAAGUGUGUCCAGUGCGGUAAGAACAGACCCAUGAUCACCAGAUACUCAGAGGGUUACGGCACAGAGGAGGAGUGUGUGCAGCCUCAUCUUCAGGGAGACAGCGACGCAGACGCAGACAUCGAGGACACGGACAGCAGGCUCCAGAUUGUGGGUUCCCUCCAGCGAAUCAGCUCCCGGAAGAGAAAGCGUCAGCGAAUCACACGGCAGGACACAACGGAGAGCGAAGACGAUGGUGGGCGGAGCCACAGGACGCACCGCUGGAGUCUACGACUCAGUCCUCAUCGCGCGCAUAACAGGACCAUACUGGAGGAGAGCAUUUCUCAGGUGCGGCCGCUGGUAAUCUGCCGCUGUGCAGCGCGGGAGACUCAAACCAUCACAGACGACAAACCCGACAGUGGAAAAUGGACCCUGACAGUGUUUCCCGUCCCUCUUUCUUGCCCUGUGUCCUGUUAUCUGCUCAUCGUCCCUCUCUCCGUAUCCAUUAUCAUCGUUCUUGUGUCAUUCCUCCUACCGCUCACAGAUACUUGACAUUGCCUUAAAACAUCUCUGAAUAACCCUCUUCAUCAUAUGAAUCAAUUAAUUUAUUUUUUAGUUGUGUCUACAUGUACAGUAUAUUAGACCCUUUUAUACAGUGUGAUCUACAGAAGCUUGAAAAAUGCUUUGGUAAAUAAUUAUGAGAUACAAAGUCAUAAUUGUGACACACCAAG